UCGUCUAAAUUCGCAGAUCGGUUAUUUGGACUUGGAGAUUUCAAAACGGCUUUUGAGUUUAACUAAUACAAUGUUCUUAAAUCCUGCAUAUCUGAUUAUUUGUUACAUCUGCAUUCAUAGAGGAGCAAGUGAACAGGUGCAAUCAGUUCAUGAUGUGAAACAGACUCUUCCGCUACCAUCACAAGAUCAUGGAUUUCCAAAGAGUUCUGAGAGAGAGAAACAGAUUAAUGAAACCACGCGAGACCCGCCAGAGCGGCCCUUGCAGCUGGUCAGACCAGACGCUACUCACAAAAAGCUGGAGUUAGUUCAAGAAAAUAUUCAGUACCUUCUGAAGAUGGACCAAGCAGUGGCAGUGGUAGCCGUAGUGGGCAAGUAUCACUCGGGCAAGUCCUUUCUGCUUAACCAGCUGAUGGGCAAACAGACACAACUAGGCUUCAGAGUGGGACCUUAUCUCAGACCUGAAACCAUGGGCAUAUGGAUGUGGGGAAAGCCAACUCGGAUGACACUAUCUUCAGGGCAAGAUGUGGCUGUGAUAUUUCUAGACACAGAAGGAUUUGCUGCUAAUAAUGUUUCUGAGACCUAUGAUGCCAAGGUGUUUGCUGUCUCGGCUCUCUUGAGCUCUUACUUGAUCUACAACUCCGUGAAGGUCAUAGACCAGGCUGAUCUUGACUACUUAGAGCUCCUUGCGAGGAGGACCCAGUUGUUUGCGUUGAGGUCUCAGCUAUCGAGGGCCAAGUGGGCUCAGGACUUCAACCAUGAUCUUCUCAGUUUUCCUCCAUUACUGUGGGUGGUACAGGACUUUGUACAGUCUCUGGACUCUGAUGAUACUGCUUCAGACCCCAAGAAAUGGUUACAUCAUAUGAUGCAGUCCAUGGCAUGGGAAGGAGAAGAUCAUCCCAUCAGUCUGAUGGAUGUCUUCCAGAGUGUCGACUGCAGGACGCUGUUCUUUCCCGCUACCACGAAGGAGAUUCUUCAAGACCUGUCCAAAGCUAAAGAGAGUGACCUGACCAUUGACUACAGACAGGAGAGGGAUGAGUUGAUCAAGGGUCUUAAAGCUGGUCUGGUGCCAAAAGAGAAAAAUGGUAAGCUACUUGGAGGUCCUGAAAUGGCAUCUUUACUGAACGUUCUGGUGACAGCUGCGAACGAGGGCUCCCUCUCUCAGAUCCCAAGUAGAUGGUCAUCUUUCAUUCAAAGCCUCGAGCAGUCUGCGGUGGAAGAUUGCCUCAAGUUCUACGAGGCAGACAUGAGCAUCUUGUUAGGUAUCCAUGACAAUGGACCCAUCAACACAGAAGAAUUAAAGGCCUGGCAGGAUCAAGCUUUGGGUAAAUCCCUCAAGUUAUUACAUCAAGUCUUAUUUGGACUGCAUGGUAUAUUGGAUGGUGCAUCUAAUUCACUGGAAGAACAGCUGAGGACCAGGGCUGAACAAGUCCAGGAUCUUAAUGAUAAGAAGAUCAGACUAGCAUGCAGUGAGAUACAGCACAGAUGUGAGUUGGAAGUGGAGGCUGCCCUCUCUCAGCUAGAGCUGCCAAUGAGAAGCCAAGACUUUACACAGACCUUUCAUUCCAUCAGAAACCAGGCAUCUCAUUCUUUUGAAAAUCAGUUAGCAAGGUUCAAUACAAGCAAUCACUUCAGGGAUCAUCUCAGCAAAUUGCAUAAUAGUCUGCAGAAGAUGAAAGAUUCCUCUACACUGAAGAACACCAGAGCAUUAGAGAACGUUCUGCUUGUAGCAAGAGAAAAGGCGUUAGGUUUAUACCGUGAGACUACCAUAAACCCAGACCCCGAGCCUCUGACACCCAAGGAGCUUGAUAGACAGAACAAGCUAGGAGAAGAGAAAGCUGUGGAACUGUUUAUCAAUGAAGCUUCAUUAGCUGUGGACGAACCAGGGUAUAAGCUGCAUUCUGCUGCCCUGAAGUCAGAGAUGAAAGAUGAAGAGGAAAAAUGCAGAAUGAAAAAUGAAAAUCUCUUGAAAGCUGCAUGCCACAGGAAGAUUCUGGAGGUAAUGGAACACAUCAAGGAGAGUACUGAUAGCAAUCAUGUUGUACUACCCCUAAAUGAGACAGAUCUAACCGACAGGUUGACAACUGCUCUUGAUCGGGCCAAAGCAAUGUACCAGGACGCUAUGCAUGAUUUCAUCAGUAGUCAGGUGUAUCACUCAGGUGUCAUGGAACUGGAUCGGCGUCUUCAGGCUCUCUGCGCCCAGAGGAGACAGGAUAACGUAGAAGCAUACUCUAGAGAGGUUGAAGCUCCACUGAAGGUAGCCAAGCAGGUGUCUCUUCUGUCGGUUGAUAACUAUGAAACAGUCUUCAGUACAACAAGAUUUAUCCGCAAAGUAUGUCUGCUGAAUCUCAACGAAGGGAAGCCCAAGAAUUGGCCCAGUGACCUCAAGGCUAGCAUCAUUGACCUCUUCAUCCAAUCUGACCCUGACCUUCAAAGGGUCAUAAGGUCAAGGCAAGGUUUCUGGUCAUCUCUGAUUGGGUUUUUCCAGUGGAUUAUGAGCCUGUUUAGAUGAUAAACCAGGGAUUAAAUGAUAGUUUACAAGUUCAUUCUGAUGUGAUGUUAUAUAAUUGACCAUCUUAAAAAACCAUUGCACCCCGCCCCUACAACACCAAUUCCAAAUUUUACACAAAAGCCACAACUCACAGUCAAACCUCGAGGAAAACACAAAAAAGUGGGCACUGACGACAGAUGGACUUUCUAGACAGGUUCUUCAAUGCAUAUUUUCUUCUAGAGGAAGACAAUAUAGCUGACCACUAUAGAGACAUGUCACGUUUAUAUAGAGGUGACUUCCAAGACGGGUUUGACUGUAUUUCAAAAUGAUAUUGCCACUUGUAUGUAAAGUGUGAAGAAAGAGCAUUUGUUGUUUGGUUUGCCACCCCUCUGGGUUGGUCUUAUAAAGUAUUUCUUAUAAGUAAUAACAUAUACCGUAAUGUGAUAUAAUUUGCUAAAUAAUCGUGUCAUUGAUAAAAAAAUAUAUAUAGACAUGUGCAUGAAUAUGUAAAAAAAACUACAUGAAAAGUUUUAUAAUGUUUAAGUUUAGAGUAUAAAAUAUAUAUUGUUUAUUGUUUGUGAUGUGUUGAGUAUUGUGGAUUAACUAUUUUCUGUUUACAUUUUGAAAAACAAAGCUAUUGUUUCUAUGUCAUUGAUUGUUAUAAACAAGAAUGAUUACUUCUGUGUGGACAACACAAUAACUAAAGAAUGAUUUCUCCAAUAUAGACCGGGGGAAGUUUACCCCCAGUUGCAUUACAUAAAGUUUAGUGAUAUAUUGUCAUAUCAUGUUCAUUUGUUAUUUCAACCAUUCUCCAGUAGUUAUAAUUAUCAUCCCAGGCGAGAUGCAGUAAUGGUAUGCACAUAUGCUGAAUAUCCUUUUUGAUAAUUACAAUUAGAAUGUGAGCCUCAAUGCUCAAUGAGUACUUUGUUUUCUCCGCAAGUUUUGUUUAGAGACACAGUGCAAUUUAUGAAGAAUAUAUUAAAGAUGUGUGCUAAAAUGUAACAUUUGUUGUAUUGCCUUGUAGAGUGCAUAUACCUUGUACAUUUUGUACAAUGAAUAGUUGUAUUGUUUUUGUGCUAUUAGAAGUAUUCUUCUUUGAUAUUUGUUCCCUGCUUAAAGUUAGAUAUUGCUUUUUUCUUUCAAAUUAUUUAAGUCACCCUCAUAUA